UAAUGACUUCUGUUACAAUGGUUUACUGGAAUCUUUCAUAAUCUUGGCAAAAGUUAGUGAGAUUUGCAUAUUUAAAUAGGCUGUCUAACUGAGAGCAAGACAAUCCAGGGCGUGAGUGAGACGUUGUACAAAAGGCAGAGAUUGCAAAUUACUGGAGUCCGUCUGAGCUGCAUCUGCAAAAAAAUGAAUCUGCUCACAUCAUGUCUGCUGCUUUCCUUCUACUUCGGUUGUACAUCAGGGACAGAAAGAACGUAUUACAUUGGCAUUAGAGAAAUUUAUUGGGAUUAUGCUCCUAGUGGGAUGAAUAUUAUAUCUGGAAAAUCAAUAAAUGAUGAUGAACAUGCCAGCACCUUUCUAGUACGUGACACAAACCGAAUAGGGAAAGUUUACAAGAAGGCCGUCUAUCUGGAAUACACCAAUGACUCAUACACAGAAGAAAUAAAGAAACCAGAAUGGCUGGGAUUUCUUGGACCCAUAAUCACUGCAGAGGUCGGAGACAAAAUCAUUAUUCAUCUUAAAAACUUUGCUUCAAGACCCUACAGCUUACAUCCACAUGGAGUAGAGUACACCAAGGAAAAUGAAGGAGCACUGUACCCAGACAACACCUCUGGUUCAUUAAAGAAAGAUGAUAUUGUUCAGCCAGGUGAAUCCUAUACUUACAAGUGGGAUGCUGUAAUGGAGCAGGGACCAACUAAACGUGAGGAUGAGUGUAUUACAAGGAUUUACCACUCACACAUUGAUGGUCCUAAGGAUGCUGCCUCUGGUCUAAUAGGAUCCUUGAUCAUCUGCAAAACAGGUGUUUUGAAUAAAGAAAUUAAAAAAAAGUAUGAAGAAUUUGUCUUGAUGUUUUCCGUGGUGGAUGAAAAUAUAAGUUGGUAUAUUGAUGAAAACAUAAAAACGUUUUGCAGUAACCCAGAAACUGUGAAUAAGGAGGAUGAAGAAUUUGAGGAGAGUAAUCUUAUGCACUCUAUCAAUGGAUAUAUGUAUGGAAAUCUCCCAGGGCUUUCUAUGUGUAGUGAAAAAGAAGUUCGCUGGUAUAUGUUUGGCAUGGGAAAUGAAGUAGAUAUUCAUUCUGCUUAUUUUCAUGGACAAACAUUAACAGAGCAGCUAUUCCGUGUCGACACCGUUAGUCUAUUCCCUGCAACAAUGAUUCAAGCUACAAUGGUUACAGAUAAACCAGGAAAGUGGCUCCUCACAUGUCAGGUUAACGACCACUUAGAAGGGGGAAUGCAAGCAAUUUACGAAAUAAAAAACUGUACAUCAAAUACAAAGAAGUUCAAACUAUGGCAUUGGAAGGAAAGACAUUAUUACAUUGCUGCAGAAGAAAUUAUAUGGAACUAUGGCCCAUCAGGAUUAAAUAAAUUCACUGGAGAGAAGUUAGAUACACCCGACAGUGAAUCGGUUGCCUUUUUCGAGCAAAAUGAUGUAAGAAUUGGAGGAUCCUAUAAAAAGGCAGUGUAUGUGGAAUAUACAGAUUCAACUUUCACCAAACAGAAAACGAGGUCCACUGAAGAAGCACACCUAGGAAUCCUGGGACCAGUUAUUUUUGCAAAAGUAGGAGAUUCUAUCAAAGUGACAUUCAGGAAUAACGCAAGCCGGCCAUACAGUAUUCAGGCUCAUGGAGUGAGCUACAGCAAAGAGAUGGAAGGGGCAGUCUAAGUCUACAAAACCAACAUUUCUGAAGAUAUGGAAGCUAUUCCUUCACAAGCCUCUCAUGUGGCUCCAGGGGAAACCUUCACAUAUGAAUGGGAUGUACCAAACAAUGUGGGCUCCACCAUGCAUGACCUAAACUGUUUGACCUGGCUUUACUUCUCCUCUGUUGAUCCUAUAAAAGACACUAAUUCUGGUCUUGUGGGACCUCUAUUAAUUUGUAAAUAUUUAGAGAAUGACAAACAGCGGGGAAUAGCUCACAAUUUCUUCAUGAUGCCGACAGUAUUUGAUGAGAAUCAGAGCUGGUAUUUGGAUGACAAUAUUGCUUUGUUUACCAAGAGUCCACAGAAUGUAAAAAAAGAAGAUCCAGAUUUUGAAGAGUCCAACAUGAUGCACUCCAUUAAUGGAUACAUGUACGGGAAUCAGCCUGGACUAGAAAUGUGCACAGGAGAUAGCGUAUUAUGGCAUAUGAUAGGUUUGGGGAGUGAGGUUGACAUGCAUGGAAUCCAUUUCUCUGGAAACACCAUCAUAAAUCAUGAUGCACGGAGAGAUAUAGCAAGUCUGUUCCCACAUAUCUCAUACUCUGUUCGCAUGACACCUGACAAUGAAGGAUUGUUUGAUAUUGAGUGCAUGACCACCGAUCACUACACAGGAGGCAUGAAACAGCAUUACAGAGUUAAAUCAUGUAGUUGGCAGAAGCCUAAGUUUGAGAUCCCGUACACAAAAACAUAUUACAUUGCAGCAGAAGAAGUAGAAUGGGAUUAUUCUCCAAAUCGUACCUGGGAACAUGAGAGGCACGUGAUGGAAGAUGUGAGCCCUGGGGAUGUAUUUUUAAACAAAAAUGAAAAAUCUAUUGGCUCAAAAUAUAAAAAAGCAGUGUAUCAAGAAUAUACAGACAAAACAUUUACAAAACGGAAAGAAAAGAAAGAAUACAUGGGAAUUCUGGGUCCACUUAUAAUGGCAAAUGUUGGAGAUAAAAUAAAAAUAAUUUUUAAGAACAAGGCAAGCAGACCUUAUUCAAUCUAUGCACAUGGAAUAAAAACGGAUUCAGUAUCAGUAAUGCCAACUAAACCAGGAGACACACAAACCUAUAUUUGGAAGGUGCCUGAAAGGUCUGGGCCGGCGAUGAAUGGAGAUCCAGACUGCUUAACCUGGGCAUACUACUCAAAAGUUGAUCAAGUGAAGGAUACUUACAGUGGAUUAAUUGGUCCUCUUGUGAUCUGUAAAAAAUCAUUGUUUGGACUUCAAGAACCCAAAACACGGUUCUCUCUCCUUUUUAUGGUUUUUGAUGAAAAUGAAUCCUGGUAUCUGGAGGACAAUAUCCAAACAUAUUCUUUGAACCCUGAAGAUGUAAACAAAGAGGAUGAAGAAUUUCUUGAGAGCAAUAAAAUGCAUGGUAUAAAUGGAAGAUUGUUUGGAAACUUACACGGUCUCACUAUGCAUGUUGGAGAAAAAGUGAGAUGGCACCUCAUUGGAAUGGGCAAUGAAGUAGAUAUACAUACAGUGCACUUUCAUGCACACAGUUUUCAGUAUCAGAGAGGCCAAAUAUAUCAAUCUGAUGUGUUUGAUCUUUUUCCUGGAACAUUUCAAACAGUCUCCAUGACACCAAAGGUGCCUGGUACGUGGUUAUUGCACUGUCAUGUGACAGAUCAUAUCCAUGCAGGAAUGGAAACUACAUACACUGUACUUGAAAAGGAAACUACACUUGAAAAAAUUAUCAAGUUCAUACAUCAGCAUUAGCAUUUGAAGGAGAAAAUGUCUUGAAUAAAGAAAGAAUUAAUCACAUUCACAACAUCAUCUUCAACUUACUUAAACAUUGACAGGACUAAAGAUUUUUAAAAGAUUGUCCAAAGAUGAGAUUUCUUCAGUGGUUGGACAUAUAUUCAAGUUACGAUAAAGAAAAGAGAUAAAAUGUUUUAGUUCUGCAUACUUACAUGAUAUGUAUUAUAAAAAUGUACCUCAAUUUUCUUGCUGUUCAAAAAUAAAAACAAUUCAAUCAAAA